UACACCGUGCCUUUGAUCGUUGACAUCGCGAUAUUCAUUGGUGUGCUCGUCGCCAGCGGCAUCACUUCCAUCAUCUAUGACAGCCUGUACCCCGAACAGAGGGAGGUGCACUUGAAGGCGAAGAUGCCAGGAGCCUUUAUGGACGACAACAACAAUGCCGACCGGAACAACCGCCACACGUGGAACGGUGUCUGCAAUGCGAUGGGCUCGAGGGCGGUCGACAACAGGCCAGCCCCGUCGCCGCCCGGCGCGGUGGGCUCGCCCAAGGGGGCGCCCGAGAAGGACCCGGAGGUGGUGCCGGAGCCCGAGGAGGACCACCCGAAGCCGGAGUGCCCCGACAAGGACACAUGCGAGUCAGUCGCGGUGCCGCUGGCCAACGAGACCGCCGAGGACACCGCGGGCGACGUGACCCCGGCGGCAGAGCGGGCCGGGCAGGCCUGA